GGAAAAGGGAAGCUCAAACGAAAGACGUGUUUACGAGUACGUGAUAAGAAGCCAGAAACCGAGGAGGCAAGAAGACCGAAAUACCUGUACAUGUUAUACAAAGUAGGCGAUAAAUCUUCUGGGGACAGACUCUUAUCAUAUUUUCCUAUACACGUUUGAUUGGUUUAUUGUUAAAAGGACAAAAUGGGUUGCUGGUUCUCCAAAAAAUCCAAGAGAAAAUCACCCGAAAAGGAACCUACUCCGAAAACGGUGGAAGAUAAGGCGAACAGCAGCAGCAACGCCAACAACAUUGACCUCUGCAGCAAUACAACAGAGGACCCACCUAAACAAUACAGCUGGGACAAACGUGAAAAGGUUGAUCCUAAGGACUUCAUGCUAACGGGGCUGAAGGAUGCCACAGUGGGCCGUCUGCCAGGCAAGCUGAACGGACAGCAGUUUGUCAUCCAGGACUGUGACAACUGUAAGAUCUUCGUGUUGGACCACUCCGCCACCAUCACCAUCGACGACUGCACUAACUGCUGUAUCGUUAUGGGGCCAGUGAAGGGCAGUGUGUUCUUCAGGGACUGUAAGGACAUCAAGUGUGUGGUGGCCUGCCAGCAGUUCAGGACCAGGGACUGUCAGAAGAUGGAGGUGUUCCUGUGUUGCGCCACUCAGCCCAUCAUCGAGGCGUCCACAGGGAUGAAGUUCGGCUGCUUCCAGUACUACUACCCCGAGCUGGCCUUCCACUUCAAGGACGCAGGCCUCAGCAUCUUCAACAACAACUGGAGCAACGUCCAUGACUUCACGCCCGUCUCAGGGGAGACCAACUGGAGCCUGCUGCCUGAGGACACUGUGGUGUUGGACCAUGUUCCAGCCCCUGACCCGGAGUCAGAGUUUAAAUCAGUCCGGGUCUCAGCUGAGGCAUCCCGCAGCAUCGUACCCAUGACCAAAGGAGGCAGACGCAAGGAGAGUGACGAGUCCUGUCUGUUUGUGUUCUUCUCUGGGGACUACACCACUGCUAACGCCCGGAAACUCAUUGAUGAGGCCUCUGGGAAAGGGUUUGUGCUGAUCCAGACUAAGGAAGUGUCCAUGCGCCCCGAGGACGUCAGUAGAGUGUUCCAGAACGAUGCAGAGGGACUCCUCGAGUGGAUCACCAACGGCCCAGUGACAGCUCUGGAGUUGAAUGGGGACGGGGUAGUGGAGGCCUGCAAGAGCAUGGCCAGUGACAUGUUCAGUGGAACCAAGGUGUUUGUUUCAGACAACAGAAAUACUUCCUCUCGAGAUGUGGACAACUUCUUCAACUUCGCUGACAUGCAGAUGGGCUUGUAAUUGAGUCACUGUAUGACAAUCAACUUACUACACAACCAAGGAUUUUUUUGUUAUAUUUUUUAUACUAGUAGGUAGCGGAGAAGGACAGGUUAAUCAUCAGAAUGAUGGUAGGUAGCGGAGAAGGACAGGUUAAUCAUCAGAAUGAUGGUAGGUAGUGGAGAAGGACAGGUUAAUCAACAUAGUGAUGGUAGGUAGUGGAGAAGGACAGGUUAAUCAACAUAGUGAUGGUAGGUAGUGAAGAAGGACAGGUUAAUCAUCAGAAUGAUGGUAGGUAGUGGAGAAGGACAGGUUAAUCAUCAGAAUGAUGGUAGGUAGUGGAGAAGGACAGGUUAAUCAUCAGAAUGAUGGUAGGUAGUGGAGAAGGACAGGUUAAUCAACAUAGUGAUGGUAGGUAGUGAAGAAGGACAGGUUAAUCAUCAGAAUGAUGGUAGGUAGUGGAGAAGGACAGGUUAAUCAUCAGAAUGAUGGUAGGUAGUGGAGAAGGACAGGUUAAUCAUCAGAAUGAUGGUAGGUAGUGAAGAAGGACAGGUUAAUCAUCAGAAUGAUGGUAGGUAGUGAAGAAGGACAGGUUAAUCAUCAGAAUGAUGGUAGGUAGUGGAGAAGGACAGGUUAUUCAACAUAGUGAUGGUAGGUAGUGGAGAAGGACAGGUUAAUCAUCAGAAUGAUGGUAGGUAGUGGAGAAGGACAGGUUAAUCAACAUAAUGAUGGUAGGUAGUGAAGAAGGACAGGUUAAUCAACAUAGUGAUGGUAGGUAGCGGAGAAGGACAGGUUAAUCAACAUAAUGAUGGUAGGUAGUGAAGAAGGACAGGUUAAUCAACAUAGUGAUGGUAGGUAGCGGAGAAGGACAGGUUAAUCAUCAGAAUGAUGGUAGGUAGUGAAGAAGGACAGGUUAAUCAACAUAGUGAUGGUAGGUAGCGGAGAAGGACAGGUUAAUCAUCAGAAUGAUGGUAGGUAGUGGAGAAGGACAGGUUAAUCAACAGAAUGAUGGUAGGUAGUGGAGAAGGACAGGUUAAUCAUCAGAAUGAUGGUAGGUAGUGAAGAAGGACAGGUUAAUCAACAUAGUGAUGGUAGGUAGUGGAGAAGGACAGGUUAAUCAUCAGAAUGAUGGUAGGUAGUGGAGAAGGACAGGUUAAUCAUCAGAAUGAUGGUAGGUAGUGGAGAAGGACAGGUUAAUCAACAGAAUGAUGGUAGGUAGUGGAGAAGGACAGGUUAAUCAUCAGAAUGAUGGUAGGUAGUGAAGAAGGACAGGUUAAUCAACAUAGUGAUGGUAGGUAGUGGAGAAGGACAGGUUAAUCAUCAGAAUGAUGGUAGGUAGUGGAGAAGGACAGGUUAAUCAACAUAGUGAUGGUAGGUAGUGGAGAAGGACAGGUUCAUCAACAUAGUGAUGGUAGGUAGUGGAGAAGGACAGGUUAAUCAUCAGAAUGAUGGUAGGUAGUGGAGAAGGACAGGUUAAUCAACAUAGUGAUGGUAGGUAGUGGAGAAGGACAGAUUCAUCAACAUAGUGAUGGUAGGUAGUGGAGAAGGACAGGUUAAUCAACAUAGUGAUGGUAGGUAGUGGAGAAGGACAGGUUAAUCAACAUAGUGAUGGUAGGUAGUGGAGAAGGACAGGUUAAUCAACAUAGUGAUGGUAGGUAGCGGAGAAGGACAGGUUAAUCAACAUAAUGAUGGUAGGUAGCGGAGAAGGACAGGUUAUUCAACAUAGUGAUGGUAGGUAGUGGAGAAGGACAGGUUAAUCAUCAGAAUGAUGGUAGGUAGUGGAGAAGGACAGGUUAAUCAACAUAGUGAUGGUAGGUAGUGGAGAAGGACAGGUUAAUCAACAUAGUGAUGGUAGGUAGUGGAGAAGGACAGGUUAAUCAACAUAGUGAUGGUAGGUAGCGGAGAAGGACAGGUUAAUCAUCAGAAUGAUGGUAGGUAGUGGAGAAGGACAGGUUAAUCAACAUAGUGGAGAAGGACAGGUUCACUAGUUAUAACGAGCAGCCAGGGGGGGAACGCUGUAUUAGUUAUUUGGCUAUUUGAAUUUCUUGAAAUUCAAGAAAGUAUUCUCUUGUUUAUAUUGUGUAUAUUUUGGUCUUCGCUGUUCUGUUAGGUAAUUUUGGUGUGUGUGUGUGUGUGUGUGUGUGUGUGUGUGUGUGUGUGUGUGUGUGUGUGUGUGUGUGUGUGUGUGUGUGUGUGUGUGUGUGUGUGUGUGUGUGUGUGAAACACACAUUGAAACCAUUGUGGUGAAUGAUUGGUGUAGAGUGAAGUUGCCCCUAGAUUCUGAUCUUGAAUCAGUUUUGCAUUUCCCCCACUGUUUUAUGUUAGGAUUUGUGGAGAUGAAGAGCUGAUCCAAGAUCUGUUCCUAGGGGAAACUUUACCCCGUACAUCAUGUGUUUUCUCUUCUGUAUUUGUUAGGGUCCUUGCUAUUUGGGAUGCUUGGGACGUCCUGUCAUCCCAUUCAAGUUGAAAUUUAAACUAGUCUAGGUAAGGGAUAAGGUUCGGUUCGAGGUUAAGGGCUCAGACACAGCAGUAGUGUUUUCUGGCCCAGAGUACUUGGCCCCUCUGAAUGUAAUUUGUGAACUGAGUGCGCACAGAUUUUACAUGUAGAAUCAGGUGAAAUGUGUCUGUGGUCAUACAGACAUAAAGGCUGGUCCCUAAAACACAGUGCGCUGAACGAUCGACAGACGAACGCUAAAUCCCCAUUCGGUGCCAUAUGUGCAAGCCUUUCAAGUUAGGUUUAGGGUAGGGACGUCCCAACCAUUCCCGAUAGCAAUAACCCAUUAGUUUGUGUGUUUGGUUGAGCAGCAAGACACCGGGACUUCCUUAGUGGUUACCUGAGUUACCUGUGUUUUUUCCAGACACGUUGUCAGGGUGAUACUGGUGUAAAUAGCUGAUUGGACAAUGCUGUGAUUGAGUACAGGGGUGUAUUCACUAGGAAAUAAACAGAAGCAAGCGGGACAAAAUGGGGAGGAGACCUACCUAAAAAAAAUUUUGCUACAGUUGGUGUGCACAAAUAGACACCUCAACACUUUGGUUACACCAAUGUAGACUACACCUAUUAUGUAAAUAAUUAUUUCACAUAUUUUAGUUAAUGUUUUUUGGGGGGUGGGGGUGAAUUAAAUAAAUGUUCUUAGAAAGCAUUUAGAAUGUAUUGAAGACAGGAAGAGAUGUGGUAAUGUUGUUUUCUAUGGGACCAGACAGGAAGAGAGGUGGUAAUGUUGUUUUCUAUGGGACCAGAAAGGAAGAGAGGUGGUAAUGUUGUUUUCUAUGGGACCAGACAGGAAGAGAUGUGGUAAUGUUGUUUUCUUUGGGACAGAACCUCAUCCCUGUGAUGAAAUUCCUGCUUCUCAAAUGGCGCCCUAGUCCUCUACUAUUGACCAGGGUAAUGCACUAUAAAAGGACUAGGGUGCCGUUUGGGAAGCACGGUAUACUUUAACAUUUUGUAUUUGUUGAAGAUUGGGACUUUGUAUUGCUAAAUGUUUCCUAUUGUAUCUCUGUAGAAUCAAAUGAGCAUGUCAUUACUAAUAUAUUUAAUAUCCAUUUGUAUGUGUUGUGUUUGAGAUUUUACUGUGGGAGAUGUUUCUGAUUUACACUACCUUCUCAGUAGCUUGAUUUCCAUCCAAUUGGCGAUGUGAUUUCUAUGGGAAUAUUCUAGAAUCCGCGUAAUGAAAAUAUCCACAUUUUCCCACCAGUGGAAUGUUUGCACCUGAUGGACUUGUUGCAGAUCAAGAACUGUUCAUGACACCAUCUGUUCAAGAACUGUUCAUGCCAUCUGUUCACACAGUUUUAAAGUUUAUUACCUGCAAUUCUACGCAUCUUGUCAUUGUGAUGCAAAUAAUAAUUUGCUGUUUUAAAGCACAUUUUCUUGGAAUUCUAUACAUUUUGCCCUGUCUCAUGUGUAUUCAUGGGAUAUUUGAGUGACAAGAAAAAUACAACAAUAUCUAUGUGCUAAAAAACCUAACUGAUCUGUAGGCGGGUUGAUCUGGACAUUUCUGACAAGUUAUAAAUAUCUCUCUAAGAGGAACUGGUGAUGCACCACCUUGUGCUUUCUACUAUUACAACUCUCAAGAGGAAGUUUACAGCCGGACUGAGUUCCCCGCGGUUUGGGAACCACUGGGCUAGUCUGCAUGAUGAGAUUAUUAUCGAUUUUAAUAUUUUUAUUUGUCAAACGGCCGUAAAGCAUCGAUCAUCAUGUCACCAGAAUAAGACCCUCCAUUUAUUGGAGAAGAGCAUCACUGUGCACUUCGUACCACCCUCUGAAGUUGAUCAUUGAUUUCAUCUGUAAUAAACUGCAUGGUUUCCUGAGUCGUGGUAGAACCCCAUGUCAUCGUGUGACUCCAACUUGACCUUGAUAUGCUGGUGAUUAUAUCAAUAUUUCCUCAUAAAGGCGUUUCCACCGCUAUUUCUUGGGUAAUACAUUUUACCGACACUAAAAGGUCCCACCAUGUCAAAUGGACAAAUUAUCUGUCUGCAUUUAUAAAAGUGUACCGAAACUUCCUGUUUCCAAUAUAGCUGUUAUUUUUUAAAUGGUAUGACCACUCCUAAAAUCUGUGGAUGGAAAUGUGGUUUAUGUUACAAACUCUUGGUGAAUGUUUUUUGUACAGUGUGGUAAUUUAUCACAUCUUAUCCAGAGCAAUUAGGGCUAAGUGCCUUGCUCAUGGGCGGCAGGGUAGCCUAGUGUGUGUUGGACUAGUAACCGAAAGGUUGCAAGUUCAAAUCCCCGAGCUGACAAGGUACAAAACUGUCGGGAAAAUAAGAAUUUGUUCUUAACUGACUUGCCUGGUUAAAUGAAGGUAAAAUAAAAAAUAAAUGGGCACAUUUACAGUUUUUAUUUUACCUAGUUGGCUUAAGGAUUCAAACCAGCAACCUUUUGCUCUUAACCUCUAGGCUACCUGCUGCCCACAGGAUGUGAGGACUUGGUGGACUGUAGGGUGCUUUAUUUUACCAGGUAGGUUGACUGAGAACACAUUCUCAUUUACAGCAACCACCUGGGGAAUAGUUACAGGGGGGAUGAAGGAGCCAAUUGGAAGCUGGGGUUUAUUAGGUGGCCAUGAUGGUUUGAGGGCCAGAUUGGGAAUUUAACCAGGACACCCCCUACAAUAAGUGCCGUGAUAUCUUUAGUGACCACAGAGAGUCAGGACACACAAAAGAUGGCACCCUACACAGGGCAAUGUCCCCAAUCACUGCCCUGGGGCAUUGUGAUAUUUUAUUUAGACCAAAGGAAAGAGUGCCUCCUACUGGCCCUCCAACACCACCUCCAGCAGCAUCUGGUCUUCCAUCCAGGAACUGACCAGUACCAACACGGUAUAGCUUCAGAAGCGAGCCAGCAGUGGGAUGCAGGUGGUAUGCUGCUGGCUAGUGCUCUGAGAGAUUGCUAGGGGGCCGGACAUCUGGCCACUCUCUUGACUAUACAGGCCACACAAAACUGUCAGUCUCCCUCAAGCAGUGGCAGAGAGCAACAUGGGCACACAAAACUCAGUCUCCCUCAAGCAGUGGCAGAGAGCAACAUGUCUCUGCCCAUCAACAACUGGACUCACUCAUAUCUCUGGACUUGUGGGAUGGUGUGCAUGCCCAAAGUGAGUUGUGUGACGUACAUAUUGUUCUCAAUACUUAGUUAUUGCUUUAUUUAUGCUUCCUCUGUAUAGCUUGUAACCCAUAAACAUGUUCAGGGAUGAUAUGUCCUCUGUAUAGCUUGUAACCUAUAAACAUGUUCAGGGAUGAUAUGUCCUCUGUAUAGCUUGUAACCUGUAAACAUGUUCAGGGAUGAUAUGUCCUCUGUAUAGCUUGUAACCUGUAAACAUGUUCAGGGAUGAUAUGUCCUCUGUAUAGCUUGUAACCUGUAAACAUGUUCAGGGAUGAUAUGUCCUCUGUAUAGCUUGUAACCUGUAAACAUGUUCAGGGAUGAAAUGUCCUCUGUAUAGCUUGUAACCUAUAAACAUGUUCAGGGAUGAUAUGUCCUCUGUAUCGCUUGUAACCUGUAAACAUGUUCAGGGAUGAUAUGUCCUCUGUAUAGCUUGUAACCUGUAAACAUGUUCAGGGAUGAUAUGUCCUCUGUAUAGCUUGUAACCUAUAAACAUGUUCAGGGAUGAUAUGUCCUCUGUAUAGCUUGUAACCUAUAAACAUGUUCAGGGAUGAUAUGUCCUCUGUAUAACUUGUAACCUGUAAACAUGUUCAGGGAUGAUAUGUCCUCUGUAUAGCUUGUAACCUGUAAACAUGUUCAGGGAUGAUAUGUCCUCUGUAUAGCUUGUAACCUGUAAACAUGUUCAGGGAUGAUAUGUCCUCUGUAUAGCUUGUAACCUGUAAACAUGUUCAGGGAUUAUAUGUCCUUUAUACAGUCCUUUAUUACUGUUGGUACAGCUCUUGUCAUAUCGUAUGUACAGUAUAUUCAUAUACAGUAUAGUUCCUGUGUGUUAAUUCUUGGGCUGCUUUAUUCCCCUCUAACCGGGGGGUGGGGGGGGGUGUCAGUGGGUCAAAACGAGUCAAAUAUAUAGAGCCGGGUCUCUCUCUUUCACUCAUAAUGCCCAAGGUAACUUCUGGAUUAUAAACUGGGGUUCACCUGGUUGGAAGAUAUUGUAAUGAAACAGGUGGGGACACAAACCCUUAACCUUUCAUCCUUGACAUCUUGAUUAAACCUGUUGUCUGUUGACA